AUCGUCACUCCUUUACCAAGAGAUUUUCUCUUAUUCCAUUCAUUUUUAAAUCUUCAAGUCAUUCCUUCAUUCUAUUUACCUACCAAACCUUCGUUUGCUUUUCGUUGCCAAAAUGGCGACUGGUUACUCACUUACAACGCAUUAUGCUGGCCAGGGGCUGCUUGAUAGCUUCAGUUUUUUCACGGGGAAUGACCCAAGUAACGGUUUUGUCGAUUAUCAAAGUAGAGAGGAUGCUUUGGCUAUGAAUCUAGUAUCAGUUGGUAGCGAUUACAAUAACGUCAGACUCGGGGUCGACUCAAAUAAUACGUAUUCCGCCAGCGAUAAGGGGCGACCGAGUGUCCGACUCACUAGUCAGGACGCUUUUAACCACGGACUUUUCAUCGCGGAUAUCUACCAUAUGCCCGCUUCAACUUGCGGUACUUGGCCUGCUUUCUGGGCGUUCAACAAUCAAGAUAACGGCAGUGACUGGCCUGUGGGAGGUGAACUGGAAAUCAUCGAGGGUGCGAAUACAGCCCAACGGAACUUGUUCUCAGCCCACACUACCGAAGGAUGCCAGGCAACAAGUAAUGGUUUCUCGGGAGAGCAAGGCUUGACUGAUUGCUCACCUGGUCCUGAAAACCUUGGGUGCAAUUACGCAUCUCCUACUUCUGAUACUACAUCUUAUGGAAGCGGUUUUAAUGCAGAAGAAGGUGGGGUGUACGCGAUGCAGUGGGAUUCCGAAGACCUGAAACUAUGGCAUUUCCCACGUUCAACCAUCCCGGAUAACAUCGUGUAUGCUCAUGUUGUCGGCCCAGAUCCGACAACAUGGGGACCACCCCAAGCUAUUUUUGGCGGCUCUUCUUGCAACCCUGAUACUUAUUUCUUCAACCUCAGUCUGGUCCUCAAUAUUAACUUCUGUGGAGACUACGCCGGCAAUAUUUGGGGGAAGGCAGACCAAUGCAACCGACUCGCACCCACGUGUGAGCAAUUUGUUGCCAACAACCCUGACAGCUUCCAAGAGUCAUACUGGGAUAUAAACUUCAUCGACGUUUACCAGAUUGCGCCAUUGACCAAUGAGACUAUUCCACCCCUUUUCGCCAAUGGAACAUUAUUCAACGGUUCAUCAGUGGCAACUUCAACUACAACUACAGAUUCCACUACAACUCCCAGCGCCAUCGCUCCAACUCAUACUCGCACUAUCACACUGUCCUCAGUUGUGCCAACCCAAACUAACGCCGCAUUGGGGACCCGAGACACUCCCAGUAGUUACACGUUGCUAGGUUGUUACGGAUCCAGUGCUGGUUAUUCGUCGUUUUCGAAGGCGAGAUCGUCUCUUAACAUGGACCCUGAAACCUGUUUGGAUAGUUGCGUCGGUCAUCGAUUUGCUGGUGUAUAUGACAACAUGUGCUAUUGCGCCGAUAACCUCGGCGAUGCCAAGUCUGUCGGCUCCGACAUGUGUACUACACCUUGCCCAGGUGACGACGACAGAUUCUGUGGUGGAGUCGCUGACCCCAAUGAGAUGCCUACUCCCUUUCACUCGGCUCUUAAUUCCACCUUGCCGGCUAACGUUACCUUAACUGCUCUUCAUAAUCGUCGCGACGACCCCUCUGUCAAAUUACUUACUGUAUAUGGAGAUAUGACUAACGAGCCCGCGCCGUUCGGUGCCCCAGCAAUGGGCGGCCCCUCCAUUCCUGAACCUCCCACCAAAAGUCACACCGUGACAACUGCCAUUACCGUGACUUACAAGACUAUCUGCCCAACCAACCCGGCUUCUCUAGUCGAGACCAAGUACGCCACGACCGUCACAUACGAGGAUUGCGACUGCACCAAACACCAACCUGCUCACCCCACCAUAGCACACCAUCCAGCCAACUCCACGGGUACACCCACCACGACUUUCCCUGUUUGGACUGCCGUCCCCAUGACCACGUACCCCGAAACAUGCCACGCCUGUGGCCCGCACGGCGAGAGCACCGUGACACUAACCGUCCCCGUCGCCGUAGUCACCCAACCCGCCGUCGUCACCGCCAUCGCCGUGCACACGGUUAUCCCCGUCAUCAGCAACGCCACUACAGCGAACCAGACCACCUUUACACCAUCAACUCCCAGGCCUAGCAGCAAUAGUAACAGCUUCCCAUCUCCUAUCGCUGGUUCCGCUGGCAGCAAGACGGCUACGGUUGCUGAGACGAUCGGCUGGGGUCUGGCGGUUUGGUUUCUGUUGUUUGGCGCUAUGCUUGCUAUUUAGGUUCCAUCUCGUUCAUUUCUUCCCAUCUGGGUACCUUGGCCCACUUUGUCUCUCCGUCCAUUUCCAAUAUUUUAUUUUUGGGUCUUUUAUCGAUGUCAUUUCUUCUUUGUUCAUAUCAUUUAUUUCCACUUGGAGUCCACAGAGUGGGUGGUAGGCGUUUUCGGCCACGGCUUUUUGUAUGGAUAGGCAACUAUUAGGUUACCCUGGGGGGUUUCGGUGUCAAGGAGUUGAUCGCUUGUGGGACACGAUCUGGAUGAUACCCAUAUGGUGGGCUACACACAACGAAUGAG